AUGUCUUCGUUUCGAAGGGUCGUCCGAUGGUUCCGGGCGGAGCCACGCAAUGUGUUUGAUGUUCUAAAGUACAACGAUGCGUUAUGUGACUUUGUGGGUCUCAACAUCUAUCGCUAUCGGGGCGAUCGUGCGAACGGAGUCGUUGAGCUGAGUGCAGCGAAGAUACUGAAUUUUUUGCUGAUGAAUGUACUGCUGGUGGUUCUGAUGAUCGUUCACGCCAACAUUCCGGAGAGGUUUACCAGCCAGUUCUCCUCGGUGAUUGUUUCGUACGGCAUUCGGGCGCUGCUGGUGGGCGGUGUGAUUGGAAUAUCGCUGGUGAACAAUCUGAAUUCGUGGAACUGGAAAUCGAUCAUCAAACUGGUGCAACGAAUGCAUAAGCUGGACAUUCAGUUUCAGCUGAUGGAUCAUCGCAUCGAUCAUGUUGGCCAUCGAAGGCAGCUCCUGGCCGGAUACAGCUUCGCGCUGAUCGCACUGUUGGCGGUCGUUGUAGGUUUCAACGUAACCACCAUCGUCUUCGUAGACUCACGAUCGGAAUCGUUAAGGAUGGUUUUUGGUCAGAUCUACUUCAACUUGAUCUUCUUUACGGUGGUCAGCAUGUUUUUGACCCUAUCCUACCUGAUAUCGGUUCGUUUCAAGCACUUGAACGACGCCAUCGAGCUGAGAUUCGACACAACGAACGAAACGUUUGGCGAAAAGGAUAAAACACUGCAACCUUCCUUGCCGUUUCCCUUGCCACCUUUCCUUGCCCGUGAGCGGAUAGCGAUCGUGCAAAAGUUUGCCGAUCUGCACUAUCAGUUGAAUGAAAUCGCGGAGCAUGUUAACAGGGAUUAUGCUGACAAGCUACUGUACAGCAUUAUGGGUUCGCUUCAGUUCUCGGCCUUCAAUCUGUUUGCGCUGCUUAAGAUCUUGCUCAACAAUAUUCCACAAGUGCGAGUGUUUACCUUCUUUAACGUGCUCGGAAGUAUGAUGUACACGAUAAUGUUCAUGUUCGUGAUUAGCCGGACGAGAAUGAUAGCACGAGAGAGUAAACAGACAGCGACGCUGCUCCACAAAGCCAUCAAUAAUGAAACGGAUGAGAAAUUGGUUCGAUCGAUGAUCACGUUCUCGAGGCAGGUGAGAUACCGUUCGGCAGCCAUCGGCUCCAAGCAGAUCGUGUUCGACUGGCCAUUCAUUUUUAAUAGCAUCGCCGUACUGGCCUCCUACUUUGUGAUCCUGCUACAGUUUGAUGCGGCAUUCGGAUAA